AAUGAACAUAAUUUUAUAAUCUCAGAUUUUACCUGCAGUGAGUUCUAAGAUAUCUAAAACACGCAGUAGUAAAGUGACCUGAUGUUUGGAAACUAUCUGGAAAUUCACCUGUUAUAAAAAUAUUGCUGGCAUGUAGUGUAAAACAAACAUGGAUGCUAGAAUUAUUUUACUUACUGUUAUGUGUACAGUUAAAUGUACGUCAGGCCAGGGGCAACUCGGAUUACACACUCAAUCAGAGAAUGGUUUCAACGACUUGUUCAGCGCUAUUCGUCCGGUAACUUUACAUGUCUCGAGUAAUGAUGGUAAAAACCAGGUGACGAUAAAGUACAAGCUAAAGGUCAGCACGGUAUCAUUCUGGAAUAUAGAAACAACAGAUGCAUCCGAUUUGACAUAUAGUCUGGGUAAAUUAUCAAGUGAUGGGGAAAUGAAUGUGUCGUCAAUAGAAUUAAAUGCACGCACAGAUGAAUCUGAAUUAAACUUCCACAUUUCUUCAAGCAUUGGUGAAGUUGUCUUGGGGCUGAAUUACACAGCGCUAAAAGAACAAGUUGUUGAAAUUGAGAUACCGGAUAUAGGUGUAAGGCCUAUGGUGCCUCCAGUUUAUAAGCCAAUGGCGUCUGAGUCGGCGUGUACUGAACAGUUUAUUUAUGUGAAAUUCGAAAGAGACGACGAUGGUAUAAACCUACGGUAUGGCAGAGACGUCGAAUUUAUAUUUGUUGACCCUUACCUUUAUGAAGGAUUAUUACUCAAAGAAGGAGACUAUGAUUAUGAUCAUUUUAUACAGAAGACAAAACAUUACUAUGGCAUGGAAAUAGAAUUAAAAUCAGAAUAUAUACAGAAUGGGAGUGAAAUACAGGCGAAAUAUGAAAGUUAUAAACAUUUUGGAGAUGAAAUAAAUAAAUACGUUAAGCAAGUGUCAAAGACUGUGUACUCAGUAAUCAAGCCUCCUGUUCCUGUAGAAUAUGUUAUGUUUCAUAAUGAACUGGGGAUGUUUCAAGAAGCAAAGCAAACCAUUGACAUACCGAGAGAAUUGGUAAACUGGGCAGUCACCUGUGCAGCAUUUGGUGUUCCCAAAGCAAAGAUAGAAAUAUCUGAUCCAAGUGGUAACAUUAUGUCAGCAAUAGAAGUAACGCCAGGUAAUGGUAUGACAACGCAUGUCUUUGCACCAUUGACAAAUAUUGCGCGGGACAAAAUGGCGGGAGAUUAUAAGUGCGUGGCUAGAAGUGGUCUUGCAGUAAUAGAACAAACAGUAACAUUGAAAGCUACUUCAACACCUUAAAACUAUUCCAGAUAGUCUGAACGCUGAAAUUAAUUAAUUUGAACGGACUCCUGUUAGGACCGAUGUACAUAACAUCGGCAAACAGUUGAAAGGUGUUCUUUUACGAACUUGUAAAUAAUUGUUUAAUAAAUAUACAUAUAUC